AUGAGCGAGGUUAAUGAAAAAACAGCAAAACUGGCCGACUUUGGUUUGGCCAGAUAUUCGCUAUCGCAACUAACCAAUCAGAUUGAAAUAUCGCAAACAUUUUGCGGUACCGUUGCGUAUAUUUCACCGAAACAAUUGUUGAAUAUAGGUUACAAUCCGUUUGCGGCCGACUGUUGGGCAAUGGGUGUCACAUUGUUUUAUAUGAUUAAUAAUAUAUUACCAUUUGGUUCGAGUCCGGGUAUCAAACAAAUUAAACAAUUAAAAACAGGUGGUUCCGAAUAUGUGUCCAAAUUAUACAAUAAGACAGUCAUUAAUAGAAUAAGUCGAGACUUACGGGAACUGAUCGACCAUUUGUUGGUCUACGAUGAAGACAAACGCUGGACUAUUACCGAUGUACUAAAAUCCAAAUGGUUGGGCAAUAAUUAA